UAAGGGUGUGGUAGUCCAAUAGGUCUCAACCCACCUCUCCUCCCACCUCCCCUUUUGUUCAUCAGUAAGACUGUACAUCUACUCCUGUACACAUUCUGUAGUAGAACAGGAGAAACUGACUAGCAAAUGGGAAGCGCUGCCAUCUGAUUUGGCAGUAUUGAUUCAAGAGAAACCUGAAGAACCCGACUGUGAGUAGGAACCUAUUUCCUUUUCUGGCAGUUAUUGCAGUUGUGUAGCAAGAAGAGCACUGAGAAUGAACAAUGGAGAAGGACAGUGAUUACAAGUAUAAUCCUGCUACAGGAGCAGGAGAGUCACAGUCGUCUGGAUUAAACAUCAAUAUGCAAGUAGGACCGGGUGCUAGUGUGUUCGCACCUAUUCUGUCUCAUUUACAUGGGGCAAGGCACAUAACAUUCUCACAAAAUGAGGCUGGUCCGAGCCAUUCUGGACAUGAGACAGAUAUAACCUCUGUGAUCGCAGAAUACAAGAAGUCACUGGUGGCUGAGCAUGCGUGCAUUAGGGAAUAUACCUCUCGUCCUGGUGAACAUGUGCUGCUUGCAGAUCGUUAUGUGGAUCCACUCAUCAUUCAGAGACACAGAAAGAAGAAAGAGAAAGAAAAAGAGAUUCGCUCUAGAGGAGAAGAUUUCCACCAUGCCAGAACCCACCAUACAGACCACCAUAUUACUGUUGACAAGCUGUUCAGUCAAGAGGACAGCCCAAACAGCGUGCGUCCAAAAGCUGUUAUUCUCCAAGGCAACUCUGGAAGUGGAAAGUCUUUAACAGCACAAAAGAUCCUUUACGAUUGGGCGAUUGGAAAUCUCUUUGCAGGAAUCUUUGAUAUAGUCUUUCACCUGAGAUGCUCAGAGCUCAAUGAUAUUGUUGAAGACAUAAGUCUGGUGGAGCUUCUGAACUGCAGUGAGGAAAUGGCUCAGAUCUUAAAGAAAACACCAGAGAGAGUACUUUUCUUGGUUGAUGGGUUCGAUGAACUCAGGCUUUCACUGCCUAAAAAGCCAUUGCCUGUCAAAGCAGACAUCAAAGCCAGGCCUGGUGCUGUUCUAAGCUCCCUUCUGAGGGGAUGCAUGUUGAACGAGUCCUUCCUGCUGGUCACCACAAGGUCAAUAGCGGCAAAAAAACUGGGAAAGCUACUCAAGCAUACACAGCGCUUCACUGAGAUCAUGGGCUUCUCUGAGAACGGGAUACAACAGUACUUUCAGAAGUUCUUUGAGAACAAUGAGCAUUGCAGACAAAUGUAUGAAGAAGUUAAGGCAAAUGGAACACUUUACUCAGCCUGUUCCAGUCCAGUCAUGUGCUGGCUUGUCUGCAGUGUCUUUAAGGAAAAGAGCAAAAUGAGUAAAAGGAUGAGUAAAAGUGGAUUCAGAAGUACCACCUCCAUAUUCGUUGAUUUUGUGUUUAUUCUGCUGGAGCAUCAUUGCCAAGGCUUAACUGAGUCUCAACAGCGUGGCCUGCUGAAGGACCUUGGCCAACUAGCACACAAAGGAAUUCUUAAAGGCCGAGUUCUGUUCCAGAGAAACAAAGUGCCUGAGACGAUUUUAAAUGUCUUAGAUUCUACCAGAAUUCCCUUCCUCUGCACCUUUCACUACAAAGACAGAAUAAAUGUGAAGGAAAUGUUUUCUUUUAUGCAUCUCAGCUUUCAGGAGUUCUUUGCUGCGCUCUUGUACACUUUCCUUGAUGAAACAGAGGCAGAGCUAAAAUUAGAAAAGCUGCUUUCUGCUUCAUUGCAGGGCAACUAUCAUCUCUUACCUAUUGUCCAGUUUCUUUUUGGUCUCUCUAACAAGGCAGUGAGUGACUUACUUAUGAAGAAGCAUCAACAGACAGUGUCUCAUGCCACAUGUGCCCAGAUGGACAAAUGGCUCUAUGAAUUUGUCUUACAAAAUACAAUCAGACUGAAUGCACAUUUAUGCAGUUUCGCUCUUCAUUGCUUGUAUGAAGUUGAUGACAAGUACAUGGUGCAAAAUGCUAUGGAGAUUUGGGAAACAAAUGGAGUUGAAAUCCAGCUGCGUUCCUCAAAUAUGACAGACUACCAUGCAGCAGCGCAUUGUCUGCAGUUCUGUCGACGCAUCAGAAGCUUGGACCUGCAAACAAGUACAGUGGAGAAUCUAAAAAUGCUAGAAAAGGCAUUGAGCAAAUGCGAAAAACUACACUUAAGUGUCAGUCAUGCCGCAGAUAAUGAUGUUGCUGAUCUGAUCUCAGCUGUGGGAGAAAGAAAAGACCUUCAGCGUCUGAGUGUGGAAGAUGGUGUUCUCUCUAACCAAAGUGUGAAGAUGAUCAUAAGCACGCUGCACAAGCACAGAUCAGUGGGUGAUGUUCAUCUAUCAGUGAAGACCAUUAAUUACACCAAUGCUGAAACCUUAAUGAACAUUUUGAAGAGCAAUGUGGUUUCAGAAAAUCUCAGAUUAACCAUGUCUACAACGUGCAGGAACAGUGAAGAGAACCUCUGCUCAGAACUUCAACUGUUACGUUAUGGCUGGUCUCUCAGCAUAUCUGUUAAGCAUGAAAGGCUGGAUUCAAAUGAUGUGCACGUUUACUCUGGGGAAUCUGGACAGACUUUCAAGUCUAUCUGCUGUAGUCAUUAUUGCUCUGACCUCUCAGAGAUGUCUGCUUUUGACUGGAGAAAGUUCCUUCAGUUAUCAAGUAAUCUGAAAAAAGGUGAAAAUCCUGAGUUCCAUGAGAACGUAGACACGCUUGUGUCUUUCCUUCACUCCAUGCCUGACUUACCAUAUGUGAAUCUUGAUGCGAAGAACUUGAGUCAGAAGUGCGCCGCAAAGAUCCUUUCUUUCUUCUACAGCAGGCCUACACUAGAGGAUUUUAACCUUUGGUUUACUGUGGACAGUCUCAAGGGCGUGGGUGAAGAGGACGUCUGCUCUUUGUCGUUGAGCACACGCACACCACAUUACAUGAAGAGACUUCUCCGUCUGGAUUUAAAACCACAUGUUUGCAGUCCUCACACAACCCAGAGCAUGGAGUCCACAGCAGUACUUCAGGAAAUCUCACUUAGAUUUCCAGUUAUGAAAGGGGACCAUGUGGACUGGGAGGUUUUUCUCAGAAGGCUCAGCCAGAUGUGGAAAUCACUAGAAAGGUAUCCACUGUUGUCCUUUCUCUGCUCUGUGCCUGGUUUAAAGGAGGUUAUGCUGUGCUUGAGCAGUCUACAGGAGAACUGGGCUGUCAGGAUACUUUCCGUCCUUCAGGCCUGUCCAAGUCUACAAUAUUUGCAGGUGGAAGUGGACAAUGGAAGUAAAAAUCUGGGAAUAGCCAGAGGAAACGUUUUAAGUGAAAUAUACGCAGUGAGAAAAGUUCUGUUCUUUCUAGGGUGCAGUCAUUUGGACUGGCGUACAUCAGCGACAUUUAAUGUACAGUACACAUUACCUAAUCACGAAGUGGUCCCCUGUAUCAUCUUCCUCAUGAGAAACAGCACAGAGAUCUACAACAUAGACUGGAGACAAUUCUUCAGAUUUUACCAUAAAUUGGAAGGCCUGACUGAGCAUUGUCUAGAAUAUGAUCAGUCCAUGGAUGCCCUGCUGUCAGUUGUGAAUUCUCUUCCUGGUCUUAGUGACCUGCAUUUGGCAUUAAGAUUCUUGACGGUUGAUGGUGCUUUCAGUAUUGUUCAGCUUAUGAAGACCUGUCCCAGCCUGCGGAAGAUUGACGUUACAGUACCGAGUCAGCCAACAACAAAUUUCACCGACAGCAGGGAGAGUUACAGUGAAACAAACAGCGUCUCCACAGAUCACAGUGACUCAAGUGGAUUGACAGACGUCAGUGAUGGUGACGCUGAUUGGGACAGUGCAUCCUAUCCAACAUACAACAGGAUGCCACACAAAGGGACAAGUCACACGUUACGAGCUGCUGAAGAGAUAGAACAUUAUGAACUGGAUCUCUGCUCUGAGCUAAAAGUGAGGAGGAAUGCCAGAAAUGAAUUCAAGUUGUCUUUGAGAUGUAAUUCCUCUAAACCUGAUACAAAGGCUGUUCUCGCAUACAUUUCACUCAUCCUGGCUGAAUACACAGAGAAAAGUAAAAUUAACUGGAGAAGCUUCCUUCAGUCAUACUACGACACAAAAGGGUUAACUGAGAGAUCCACAGAUUUUCCUAAAAAGGUGAACACCCUGCUGUGUUUCCUGUACUGUGUGCCUGGUCUGAAGGAGGUGGAAUUGGGCAUACAUCAUCUAACUGAAACCUGGGCUUCCUACAUCCUUUAUCUCUGUCAUGAUAUCACUAGUCUUGGUAAUAUCUGUCUGCUGCUGGAAAACGAGAAUGACAAGGACAGUACCUGCUCAUCUUUCACUGUUAAAAGAAACCACAGAGACUCCAAGGUCACUGUUAAAAUCCGGAGUGUAAAGUACCCAGAAACCUCACCAUCAUUCAUUUCCUUCGCGGUUCCACAUUCUGCGAUCCUCAACGUCAGUGGACCUGACCUCCUUUACAGAAUGCGAUGUCUCAGAUUUUUAAAGGAGAAUUCCUAUGAGUAUGAGGAGGAAGUAAAUAAGCUGAUGUCUUUCCUCCAUGGUAUUCCUGGUCUUCAGAAACUGAAACUGGAAAUAGGGGACAUGACUGAACGCUGGGCUACCAGGAUCCUCUCCUUUAGCACCUGUCCCAGUCUUAACAAAAUCCAUGUGACUACCUUGCAUGGACACAUGUUAAUGGAGGAUGCGAUCUUAAAAAUAAAGAAGAAGUGGAAGCAUCGUGACUGCGUUGUGGUUCUGAAAGGACUGAGAUGCAGCAACUCAGUUGCCAGAUGCACAGAAGAAAACUGGACACCACACACUUAUCUACAGUGCAACAACAUGGUGAAGCUAUCACUCUGUGGAGGCUUAUGUUCACAGCUGGACGGGUGUUACAAGACAGACAGUGAGAGUGAAGUAGACACUUAUGAUUAUGGCUUUGACUAUUAUGAUGUUGAAACAGAUGUGCAGGAAACUGAAUGAGUGGAAAAAGAGGAAGAAAUGGAAGAUUAUUAAAUAUCAGACUUCUAAUGAAAUACAUUAAUGAAAGAAAUGAAUUCCAAUGUGACUAAUAGUCUUUCUAAUGGUACAAAUAUGUGUUUUGCACCUGCUAAGUACGUGCUGAUCUAAUCUAUGAUGAGAAAUGUGGGAUAUCAAGUCUAAAGAAAGAUGAAGAUCCCCAAAAAAAAAUCUCUCGCCCACAAAAUAAAAAUAAGAUUGAAACAGUUGAAAGCAUGAAUCAGAUUUGUAUUAUGUAAAUGUAUUUUAACAGUGUUUUACCUUUUUUUUUGCUUUAUUUAAGCUUUUAUUUUAAUCUGCUUUUGUAAGAUUACAAUUACUAAAAUGUGGCAGAACUUACAGUGGGGGUGUUUUAUUGUCUUUGGGGAAAGAGGCUGUU